AUGAAAGCAUGUCUGGAUGCCGCCGUGGCGCUGACACCGAGUGAGCUCUGCAUCUUUAAAACAGAAAAAAAAAGCCUGAGGAAAACACACAACCAGCUCAGUCAUAACUGUGGGAUGAUAAGGACUACCUCUUUUUACUUUUGGAGAGAGCCAAGCCGUUAGGAGAGCAUUCAGCAUCAGCUGUUCAACACUGGUCUCUCAUUGCUGGAAGUCGGGGCUGAAUCAGUCACAUGACAGAACUGGAGGCAGAGAUCUAGAGAAAAGGCACAGCAUUUCGGCUUGCACCGCCAUACUGUAUUUUGAGCCAUAUCACAUUUUUAUUGCAACAUUUUACUCCCGCUCGGAGGGCAACUGGAGGAGAAUGACUGGUAAAAUCCAGACCAGCAACGUCACCAACAAAAAUGACCCGCGCUCCCUAAACUCCAGAGUCUUUAUUGGCAACCUCAACACAGCCAUCGUCAAGAAGACCGACAUAGAGGUCAUCUUCGCCAAGUACGGCAAGAUAGUGGGCUGCUCUGUGCAUAAGGGUUACGCCUUCGUACAGUAUUUGAACGAGAGGAAUGCCCGAGCAGCUGUGGCGGGAGAAAAUGCCCGUAUCAUCGCUGGACAGCCUCUUGACAUAAACAUGGCAGGUGAGCCCAAGCCAUACAGGCCUAAAGCAGGCUCCAAACGGCCGCUCUCAGCUGUUUAUAGUGGUUAUGAAUUUGAUUACGAGUACUACAGGGAUGAUUUCUACAGCAGGCUUUUUGACUACCAUGGCAGAGUGGCCCCCCCACCCAGAGCCGUGAUCCCCCUCAAACGCUCCAGGGUGCUUGCUCCCUCCUCCCGCCGUGGGAAGACAUCCUUCCCCAUCAAAACAUCCUCCUCUUCCUCUUCUUCAUCCUCCAGACCUCCCACAUCAUCCUCCUCCUCUGGGCUCAAACCAGUGAAGACGGACCAGCUUCAGACUAUUAAACGGGAGCUGACUCAGAUCAAGAUGAAGAUCGACUCUUUGCUGGGACGCCUAGAGAAGAUUGAGAAGCAGCAGAGAGCAGAGUCUGAGGCCCAGAGAAAGUAUGAGGACAACUGCGACUCCCUGCAUGAGGAGUCUGUGUCAGAGACGGCUGAAAACUCUGGGGAGGAUGCCGGUGAGGGAGCACUGGACGUGGAGGCGGGAGAGAUGACCGAUGGAGGGGAGGAUGACUACGACGACGAGGGCAGCCACCAUCUGAUAGAGAACCAUGUAUCAGAUAUUGACAACUGAGAUCAGGAUGAGGCAGCAGACACCCCAGGUCGGUGGUAUUAGAAUUCAUCAUCACCUUGGAGAGACAGAAAAGGAUCUCUGAGGUACCAAGACACCCAUUCUGGACUGUAAGUUCUGUUCAAGAGAUGCUGAAUCACAUUUAGAUGCCCAACUGUGCAGCACAAACCGAAUGUGAUGUGCUCUCUAAAGAAAAUGUACUCAAGACCCAUUUUAAUGCAUUGGCCUGAGUUUGCCUCGUGCAAUUUAUAUUUCAUUGCAAAACGCUGACAGUAUCAUGCGCUAAUCCUGUUCCUGAAAAAAUUUAACGGUAGGGAAAGAAAUUAAUGUUUUUUAUUCUGAUUUUAUAAAUUUAAUUACGUGGAAAGAAGGGAACAUGAUGUUGUUGAUCAAAUUGUUGCUGCUUUUUAUGAAAUGUGUUUGCGCUGUAAUUUCACAAACUGUUUUUCAAUGAAUUUCUGUUGUUGUUCAAAAAUCAAAUGAAUAAAUGACAGAACAAUCUGCGACCGCAGUAUUGUAUUCAGAAAAUGAAUGAAACAUCAGUGCCGUCUGGUUCGGAUUUGACUCAUACAUAAGCCAGUAGCUGUGAGCAUAACUUUAUCCAGCUUUAUCCAUUUAUCACACAAAUGCCCUGUGGGGCUGUUCCAUCAUAUAUCCCUACUCCUGCCAAGUUUCAGAAGCAGAAAGAGCUUCCUGUGGUAGAGAGCCAACAGUGGCACAGGCCUCCUGCCAGGGAGCAGUGCCCUAACGUCUCAACGCGCUGCUCCCUGCUUAGCCUGUGCAUCCCAACAUGGACUGCUGCUGUUCAGGAGCCAACGCCCUUUCUCCUUCUCCUCCACUAUCUCCCUCUGCAUCCUGCAUUGAUUCUGUAUUAUGUAGGCAAGGGAGCGAGAGGCUUUGAUGUUAUCUAAUUAGGUGAUCCAGAUCGCUUAAAUUUCCAAAUAAAUAUGGAAUAAUCUAAUGUGACACAAUGGCUUAUGCUGCCUUAAAACAACCUAAAUAAGUGGUGAGACAAUACCAACAGUAUUCCAUUACUCUUGUAAUAAAAUGCCCAUUAAAGUAAAGUUCAAACUGUGGUCAGAUAAAGCACAACUGGCCAGCACUGGAAUGAUUUGUCCACUCAUUUGGUGCAGUUUACUAACAUGAUGUACAUGAUUACUACCACUUCAGAUUACUCGGUUACACUGUUGCCAUGUGGAGCUACUAACAUGCGAAAAAUUCAAAGGCAGCUUUAGCUUCAGCUGAGCAAUUUAUAAUUAACCUCAUUAUAAAUAAAUUGCCGCAAAGUGAAUUAUGUCACCAGUGACUGGAUGUUCUACUGUUAAUUAUUCACAUCAUGUGCAGCCAUUUUUUCCCUAUAUUUAACAGAGUAAAUUUACUCCAAACAGUGACAUAGGCAUGUUUGUUGUCUCAAGCUUUUAUGCAGCAGGUGUGCCAGCUGAUUGGUCAGUAGUUUCAAUUAAGCUGAUGUGUAUCAGCCAACAUUAUGUCAACAACUUCAGCCCUUUAAAAGCUUUUAGACCACUAUUCAAACAAGUUUAAUAGUGCUGAUGUAAUUCAUGUUUUUGAGCAAUCAGCUGGCACACCUGGUAUAUAUUAGCUGUAGUUCCUAACACCUCUAAAUGUGCAGUCAGACUGGAUUUCGCCAGCCAAAAUUCACUUGCAUGGUGUGGCGAAAAGCAGGUGAGACAGAAAAUAGCGUAGAUAUGGUUAUAAGCAUAAACUGCGGGAGCUAGCAAACAACUUCUUAUGAAACCCUUUACUGUCAUUAACCUUUAUCAUUGUCCUUGCACUCACUGCAGCCAAGUAACAUCUCUCCUUCUCUGCUGCUUGUUUAACUUCACUGUGCAGUGAUAAUAAACAGUCAAUAUUUCCUGAAUGAGAGGUCAAUUCCACCCCCUCUCUUAAACUGGCUGGACAUUGGAGAGCUUCGCAGUUUCAGUGUCAAAUUUCAAUCAGAUUGAACUUGUUCCUCUUUUACUUGAAUUUGCGCAAAGAAGCAUGAAUGUCCAGUUGUGACUGCACUCUUAACUCCUCACGCAUGAAAGCAAACAGGCCUCUUGUCAUUGGAAUAACUUUAUUCUUAUACUUACUGAAUAUCAGUAGAAGUCCUUUUUAAUUUAUGUAAAAGUUGAAUCAUUGGAUUCAGUACUGUUGGUAGUUAAUUGAGUUAUUUCACUCAAAUUACAAAAAAACACACAAAAAAACACAAGCCUAGUUGUGUCUAGUCAAGCAGAUAGUUGUGGUUUUAUUUGCACAGGCUUUGAGAUAUCUGCCCCUGAGACUUGUAGCCACCCCAGUGCAAUCAAGGUAAAAUAAAUAUCAUUUGUGGCACUUGAAGCAUUGAAGGCAUUUGAAAAAUUCAACAGCAUUGUUUCUUUUCAGAAACAGUGUCCUAAUUACUCAGAGAUCCAUACAUUCCUCUGUAGAUAUAUUUCACUAUUUUAUUUGACCUUGCGUAGAAAAUGGUUCCCAUGAAAACUGGAUUAAUAACCUGAAUAAUGGAGUUUUAUGUACUGUAUAUGUAAUUGUUCAGUGUUUUGAACACCAUAAACAAAAUUCUAUUCACCCCUAUUGUAUCUUACUAGCACAAAACCUGGACAAAUAAAACCAAACCACUAGGGGUAAGUAAGAAAAUAUUGUUUUGUGAUUUGGCUGACCUGACCCUUUAAACAGAGAAUUAAUUGAAUGUGAAGGAAUGGUCACCUUGCACAGUUUCAUGAACACAACAGUCAUCCCUGGCAGUGCUGCCUGGAAAAAGUACAUAAAAUAAAACGUCUGUCCUGCAGCUCAUUCAAAAUAAGUGUCUGGUGAAUGAUGAUAAUGUGUAAUAUUUAGCACUAUUUUUGUAUCCAAAAACAUGUCUAAGGGAAAUGGCUCUGCUACAUGUUUAUCUUUUUUUGCUGGUAGCCCGUUAUUUAAUGAGCAGUAUGGUGAUGUGAUAAAUAUUUUGCAAAAAUACUAAAAAAUAAAAUAAAAAAUAAAAAACUCAUUGCUUUUAACUGUUGUAUUUUAUGUAGGUCACUUUUAAACAUUUCUGGCUCAACGCUCACUUUUAGUUUGCCCUGUAAAUAGUCCUUAUCAUGUUUAUUUCAAAUAUCAAUAGACUGAAAGAAAAAUUUUAUUAAGUUGAAAAAAAUGCUGAAAUAAUAUACUGACAGUUUGUUGGAAUGCAGGUUUUAACCAGAAUUGUGGGGCUUGUAGAGAUGUGUAACUGACAACUGUUGUAUAGAAAUGUACAUUUUUUUGUAAAGAUAUUUUUAUCAAAAGGCAUGUUUACUGUAACUUUGUAUUUUCAGUUCAUGUAUUAAAAAGAAACCGUAUAUUCCAACUGUUGUAAGGCUAGAAAACUCAUCGUCAUUGUAGAUAACUGUUUGUGUUCUUAUCAGUCAAUAAAAUGUUUGUGUCAUAUA